AUGAUCUUCAGAGAUACGAAGGAGAACCUACAUCUCCUCAAGGUCGCGUCCGAAACGGCUCGCGGCGUCGGUGCCACAUCAGAGAAUCCCCUUCGUCUUCUUGAUCUUGCACGAUCUGCCAUGAGUCGUAGUGAAGAUACGCAGUUCAACGCAGAACUACGCUUCGCUCUGGACGAGAUGAAGAAAUGUACAACCCUUGCUGGUACAAAUCAACUACGGAAGCUAUCAGCCAACAACCGUAAUGCAGUACUAUGGGGAGCAUUCGAGCUGUGUAGUGCCUAUCUUGCUCGCGACAAGGUCCUUGAAGGACAUCUCAUGAUCGCGGUGGAUGCCGUCUCCAUUCUGGAUAAUUCCAUGGGGCAUUUUCAUUCCUAUGGACUGAUCUAUCGAUCCCGCUCUGAUGAGCUGGCCAAGUGUAUGGAAUCGGUCUGGAGCAACCUUUGGGCAUCGCGAAUUAUUUUGGCGACUUUGGAUCCCAUGCGCUGGUAUCUGAACAGCCUUUUGCACAACUGGGUUCAUCUUGCCAAUACAUUCAAAUGCUUACCCGCAUGGGGCACAUCAGACAUCUUCUGGUUGACGAUGUUCUUGUGGACAAAGCAGCCAAAUAAUGCCGUCGAGAACCCUAAGCAAAUGAUAGAUUGCAUGCAGAUCCUAGACUGUGUUGGCACGAACCCGGCGUCUGAUACGCUCGAGGGCCCAGAACGCAUAGAGCGAACAACGGCAAUGAUCGCUCAAGCCGUGAAACUCUUUGGCGAGGACGCUAUCUUUUCACGCCUGAAAGACUCAAUGGGGAACACCUCGUUCUCUUCCGAAGAUCUCGCUUUCAUCAUGUUCAACGCACAUCGCUAUGCCGUGCACCCGCCUUUGAGCUACAAGAUUGUGGAAUCUGGCACCGCACAUGCUUAUCUAGACGCAACUCGUCUGCAGCAGAUGCGAGGAGCGUGGGAUAUGGCCCAGGCGCGCCUCUGUUGCGACUUCCUGCUGCAAAUCAUAGUCGUGCCCGGCCGAUCACAACAUCGGACCACAAGUCUACUCAUCACAGAAGAGCACAUGAUGCGUGACUUCGUCCUCCCGGCGAUGUGGCUAGGACUCGAGAGUCGUCUGGAUCUCUCCCAUGGCCCUACCUCUGCUUACGAAGACGAUGUGCUGCCUGAGGUCGAGCUGGUGAACCUUGUCGCAGAUGCGGCGCGGCGCUUCAGGUUCUCGGAAAAGGGCUCCGCCGGUCGUACAAUGAUGAACACGUUACGCGAGGAGGUCUCGCCGUACUGGCACCUCAUGGACAGAGCGCUUCAAGGAGUGGUGACGCCUAACAUCUCAUCUUCGCAACAGAAACUGUUGAACUUGAUGCGCUCUUGA